AAAAAUUAAAUUAUGGGGUCAAUCUGAAACGUCAUUAGUUCUGUUUCUUUUUUGUAAAGAAAAGAUUUUGCGCAAUUCAUCAUCAAUCAAAUAAAAACCUCAGCUUUUGGAUUUCUCUACUAACACAAAAACUCUCAUUUCUCUGUUUCUGAUUGCGAAUUCGAUCUCAAAAUUCGAUUUUUGAAAGAUCUCGUUCAAUUUCACCAUUCACGGAACCUAACGGAGGAAGAGGUCGAUCAUGAAGUUUCGUUCUUCCUCUGGUCAAAUUCGAUUUGUGUUUUAAAAACUGAAGUAAACAUUAAACAAUGUCGAAACCGGUCCUGCUCGUGUGUCUACUAGUUAUACUUAUAGUUACCUCUCAGUUUGAAUGGAGGCAACCACUUGUUGAGUUAGAUACAGCCACUAGCUCGUCUCAGAAACAGCAGCAAAUUUCAGAUAGGGAAGAAGCUGUCAAAGAGAAGAUGAUUGUUUACUUCAUCUGCUCGUAGAAUGGUUCUCACUUAGGUAUUUUCAGUCACCAUCUACAAAAGGCUGCCCUUAUUUUAGUGUGGUCUCAGGGGAAACGUCAAAAUCUAACAGCAAAGUUCACUGUUUUUUACAGAUCAUUAUAUCACAAGAGAGACAUAUCCAGAGGCUAAAUGAGCUAGUCAGGAGUCUUCAAUUGCAGUUGCUGCAAUGCAAGGGAGAGAAUGAGACCCAAAAUGCCACCAAAAGCUAUCAUAUAAAUAAACAAUUCAUCGAGGUCGAAAGGAAACAAAUCCUGGAAGGCUAAACUCUGCAGCGACAAAACAUUAUUUUAAUAACUGUUUUGGUAAUGUACAAGUUGUGAAAGAAAUCACUCUUUUAACUUUUGUGUUGAGAUGUUGUAUUGUACAAGAACAAGACGUCGGUUUUUUUUUAUGUCGUUCGCUAAAUCAAUGUCCAAUGUUAAAUGCUCAACCCAACGUAAAGGCAAUUUUCAAUAAUCG